AUGAAGAACCAUUCUACCAUCCAAGAGUUCAUUUUGGUAGGUCUUUCCAGUUAUCCUGAGCAUAACAUGUUCAUCUUUUGGGCAUUUUUCUUCCUCUAUGCAGCUGCAAUAGUGGGCAACCUCCUUAUCAUCCUUGCCAUCAGCAGUUGUAAUAAACUCCACACACCCAUGUACUUCCUGCUCAUCAAUUUGUCUGUAAUAAAUGUGUGUUCUAUCUCCACUACCAUUCCCAAAAUGCUACAAACUAUUUUGGCUCAGACAAAGACCAUCACACUUUCAGGCUGUAUUGCACAGGUUUUUCUGUUCACCUGGGCUCUGGGAACUGAGCUCCUACUUCUUGCAUUUAUGGCUUUUGACCGCUAUGCUGCUAUCUGCCAUCCUUUGCACUAUACAGUCAUCAUGAAGAAAGACAUUAGCGUUGGGGUCAUGACCGGACUGUGGCUUUUUGGUGCGAUCAACUCUUCCGUUCACACAGGCCUUGUGCUCCAGCUGUCUUUUUGUGACUCCAACAUCAUCAAUCACUUCUUCUGUGAGCUGCCCCCAAUGUUCAAGAUUUCUUGUUCAGACACUAGUUUGAAUGAAAUUAUGGUCUUUGCAGCUUCUGUGAUUAUUGCAGUUGGUAGCUGUGGGUUGACUCUGGCUUCCUAUUGGUUUAUCCUGAGAACCAUCCUCAGAAUCCGUUCUGCUGAAGGGAAGAAGAAAGCCUUCUCUACAUGCUCUUCUCAUCUCUUGGUUGUCAGUUUUUAUUAUUCCACCAUCAUCUAUACUUUUCUUAGGCCUGCCUCAGCCUAUUCCCUUGAAGAAGACAAAGUGAUAGCCAUUCUUUACUCUGUAGUUACCCCUGUCCUCAACCCUCUCAUAUAUUCUUUGAGAAAUACUGAUGUGAAAGAGGCUCUCAUCAAACUGAAAGAUAAAUGUUGGCUUUUCAAGAAAGAUUAG